AUGUGUAACCGAUUUGUGGGAACCUGGAAACUUGUCUCCAGUGAAAAUUUUGAUGACUAUAUGAAAGAACUGGGAGUGGGCUUAGCAACCAGGAAACUGGGUGGCCUGUCAAAGCCCAAUGUGAUCAUUAGUAUGAAAGGGGACAUAGUAACCCUCAGAACGGAAAGCACCUUCAAAAAUACAGAGAUUUCCUUCAAAUUGGGUCAGCAGUUUGAUGAAACAACAGCAGAUGACCGGAAAGUCAAGAGCGUUGUAACCUUGGAGAAAGGGUCAUUGGUUCAAGUUCAGAAGUGGAAUGGCAAAGAAACCACAAUAAAAAGAAGACUGGUUGAUGGGAAAAUGGUGGUGGAGUGUGCCAUGAAAGGGGUUGUCUGCACCAGAGUCUAUGAAAGAGUGUGA